AUGCUCUUUCAAUUAGCUCACGCAAAUGAGAAUGGUGAUGGAGUAGGAUAUACGAUCAAACACGUCUUUGUAAAGGCUUCAUCUCUCCAUCAUGCUCAUUUAUUUGUUACACUCUUUGGCUAUCGUAUUUCACCCGAAUAUUAUGAUGAUGAUGAAGACUCCUAUGAAUCUAGUGAAGAACAAAUACAAAAUACUCUACAAAAGUAUUCACUCGAAGUACUCGAAAGAAUCAACGAUGAGUGUAGUCAGGGUGAACACUACUGGCAUGCAAUUAAGCCUAUAGAACACAAUGGUAUGCCAUUAGAAUUAGGUGGAACUAAAAUUUUCAAGGUAAUUAUACAAUUCAAACUACCUUGUAUACAACAUUAUGAUAAAGAUCCACAAGCAUAUAGUCUUUACAAAGUUGAACUCAAUAUUGAUAUUUAUCAAUUCAAAGCUAAUGAUUCAACAAACGGAUUAGAAUAUAUCCGUCAGAAUAGUGACACAUUUAAUUUAACAGAUUUUUUCCGAGAAUUACCGAAUGAACUCAAUUGGCAAAUAAUUAAGGAGAUAAGUGAGAAAAAGAUGGAAUGUACAAGUUCGAGUCAUCUUCAUGGAGAAUUCAUUUGCAUGAAAUGUGAAGAAUUACAAUCGCCAAUACCUAUUUUUGAUUCAAAUAUGUAA